AUGUUAUACAAUAUACAGCCCUCAGCCUUCCGCCGUCUUGCAGGAGACCACGCCGUCCUCCACGACGACCUCCCACCAAACUAUCUCUUCCCACCCGAUGACUCCUUCGACGACCUAACCCAACUCUCCAUCCUCCUCGCCGGCCCCCAAGGCACACCAUAUGCGCAGGGAUUAUGGCGGUUACAUCUGAAGAUGCCAGAGGAUUACCCUAAGAGUCCACCUAAGGCAAUGUUCCGGACGAGGAUCUGGCAUCCAAAUGUGGAGGAGACGACGGGGGCGGUUUGCGUGGAUACGUUGAAGAGGGAUUGGAAGCCGGAGUUGACGUUGAGGGAUGUUUUGAUUACGAUAUCGUGUUUGUUGAUUUAUCCGAAUCCAGACUCUGCGUUGAAUUCGGCGGCUGGUGCGCUGCAGCAGGAGGAUUAUGAGGCUUUUGCGCGUCAGGCCAAGGUCAUGACGUCGAUUCAUGCGCCGGUUCCCGCGGAUAUGAAAAGUGCAGUGAUGGAGGCGAAAUUAAGAGGGGAGGAGGCUGGAGCAGUCAUCCAAGAACAACAGGAGGAUUCGCGCGCACUGCAGACACGGAAAGGGACAAAGGUGCAAUCAGUGACGAUGAAAAAGAAGGGAACCUCGCAAUCCGCACAAGCACACUCGGCACAACAACAACAACAACAACAACAACAAUCACUUUCACCCCUACCACCCCCAACAACCGACCAAGACGAAAUCAUGACAUCUUCCGACGCCGAGAACGAAAACGACGAGAACAACACCACCGAAAGCAAAGAAAACGACCCCUCCCUCUCCCCCUCCCCCGUCAAAUUUGCUCCCCCAAGCCCCCGCAAAAACGCCCACGGCAAACGCCCUCUCUCCGUCCUCACAAUGCCCCUAGACCACGCCCACUCCCACUGUCACACCCACGACCAAACCUCACCCCCACCAACAAUGAUGGACACAGACGAAGACGGAAUGAUGAUGACCGCUUCGGAGAAAAACAUCGCUGCCAACGCCAACCACCAAGAGUCAAUACCAGAAGAAGACGAAGAUAGGGGAGACGCAUCACCGCGCCGGAAAUCACCUAAACUCUCUACCCUGAACAAAGGCGUCAAUGCAUCGGGCCGGAUCCGCGACGAGAUCUUCGAAGAUACACCCCCAACACCCUCAACACAUCACCGCCGCACUAAAACAACCGGGAAGGAAAAC